AUGGUGGUUUUUAACGGGUUAUUGAAGAUAAAGGUUUGUGAGGCUUUGGACUUAAAGCCUACCGCAUGGUCACUACGGCAUGCUGUCGGUCCAAAGACCCAAACAUUUCUGUUGGACACAUAUAUUGCGCUCAAUGUGGACGAUUCACGCGUGGGCCAGACCUCUACAAAGCAGAAGACCAACAGCCCAGCGUGGAAUGACGAAUUCGUCACGGAGGUUUACGACGGGAAGAAGAUUGAACUGUCUGUGUUUCAUGACGCCCCAAUUGGCUACGACGAUUUUGUGGCUAACUGUACUAUCCAGUUUGAAGACUUACUACAGAACGGUAGUAGACACUUCGAAGACUGGAUUGACCUGGAACCUGAGGGGAAGGUGUAUGUCAUAAUUGACCUAUCGGGAUCGUCCAGCGAAGCUGCAUCCUCCAAUGAAAAUGAAGAACGAGUGUUCCGUGAGCGCAUGCGGCCACGGAAACGCCAGGGGGCGGUCCGGAGGCGGGUCCACCAGGUUAACGGACACAAGUUUAUGGCCACUUAUCUGCGGCAGCCUACUUAUUGCUCUCACUGCCGAGACUUCAUCUGGGGUGUCUUAGGAAAACAGGGCUACCAAUGUCAAGUGUGCACCUGUGUUGUCCACAAACGAUGCCACGAGCUCAUCAUUACAAAGUGUGCAGGGAUGAAGAAGCAGGAUGACCUUCCAGAGGAGGUGGGCUCCCAGCGGUUCAGUGUCAACAUGCCACACAAGUUCAGUAUUCAUAACUACAAGGUCCCCACCUUCUGUGACCACUGCGGUUCCCUGCUGUGGGGCCUUCUGAGGCAAGGCCUGCAGUGCAAAGUGUGUAAGAUGAAUGUACACAGGCGCUGUGAGAGUAAUGUGGCGCCGAACUGUGGAGUAGAUGCCAGAGGAAUUGCUAAAGUGCUGUCUGAUCUGGGUGUGACGCCAGACAAGAUUUCCAACAGUACGCAGAGGAGGAAAAAGCUGACUCCAGGGCAGGAUCCCCAGCAGUCGACAGCGGAAAUUCCCCCGUCUGAAGAAGACCGCUGCAAAUCUGCUCCCACGUCACCGUGUGACCAGGAACUAGCAGAGCUUGAGAGCAUUCGUAAGGCUCUGUCGCUCGACCACCGUGGACAGGAGCACAAGUCUUCCUCCUCGUCUUCUUCAUCUGGCUGUGGAGGUCAGAGCACACUCAUGGAGGGUAGGGAGAACGGAGACAUCAAACCCCUCCAAACGAAGAGGAUGAACCUGUCCGACUUUAACUUCAUCAAAGUCCUGGGCAAAGGCAGCUUUGGCAAGGUUAUGCUUGCAGAGCUAAAAGGAACAGACGAAGUUUAUGCUGUGAAAGUGUUGAAGAAAGACGUGAUCCUGCAAGAUGACGAUGUGGACUGCACACUAACAGAGAAACGCAUCUUAGCGUUAGCCAGGAAACACCCUUACCUGACUCAGCUCUUCUGCUGCUUUCAGACUAAGGAUCGUCUGUUCUUUGUGAUGGAGUACGUCAACGGAGGGGACCUGAUGUUUCAGAUCCAGCGUUCCCGCAAAUUCGACGAGGCCCGUUCCCGUUUCUACGCUGCCGAGGUCACCUCUGCCCUCAUGUUUCUCCACCAGCACGGGGUCAUUUACAGAGACCUAAAACUGGACAACAUUCUGUUGGAUGCUGAAGGUCACUGUAAGCUGGCUGAUUUCGGCAUGUGCAAAGAGGGCAUUCUAAACGGCGUUACCACGACAACCUUCUGCGGGACCCCCGACUACAUUGCCCCUGAGAUCCUGCAGGAGUUAGAGUACGGUCCGUCUGUGGACUGGUGGGCAUUGGGGGUGCUCAUGUACGAGAUGCUGGCAGGACAGCCCCCGUUCGAGGCUGACAACGAGGACGACCUGUUCGAGUCCAUUCUUCACGACGACGUCCUUUAUCCCGUGUGGCUGAGCAAAGAGGCUGUCAGCAUCCUUAAAGCGUUCAUGACCAAGAGCCCAAACAAACGGCUGGGCUGUGUGUUGAGCCAGGGCCUGGAGGAAGCCAUUAAAGUUCAUCCUUUCUUCAGAGAGAUAGACUGGGUUCUGCUGGAACAGAGAAAGAUUAAACCACCCUUCAAACCUCGCAUUAAAACCAAACGGGAUGUGAAUAACUUUGAUCAGGACUUCACUCGUGAGGAUCCUGUCCUCACACCAGUGGAUGAAGCCAUCAUCAAGCAGAUCAAUCAAGAUGAGUUCAAAGGCUUCUCCUACUUUGGAGAAGAGACUCUGUCCUAA